AUGGGCGCCAAGGAGUCACGGAUCGGAUUCCUCAGCUACGAGGAGGCGCUGAGGAGAGUUACAGAUGUAGAGCUGAAGCGACUGAAGGAUGCCUUCAAGAGGACCUGUGGACUCUCAUAUUACAUGGGCCAACACUGCUUUAUCAAGGAAGUGCUUGGUGAUGGAGUGCCUCCAAAAGUUGCUGAGGUGAUUUACUGUUCUUUUGGUGGAACAUCAAAGGGACUACACUUCAAUAAUUUAAUAGUUGGACUUGUUCUUCUUACAAGAGGCAAAGAUGAAGAGAAAGCAAAAUACAUCUUUAGUCUUUUUGCAAGUGAAUCUGGAAGCUAUGUUACACGGGAAGAAAUGGAAAGAAUGCUCCAUGGUGUGGAUGGUAAAGUCCCAGAUACACUUAGGAAAUGUUUCUCAGAGGGUGAAAAGGUAAACUAUGAAAAGUUUAGAAAUUGGCUUCUUGUAAACAAAGAUGCCUUUACUUUCUCUCGUUGGCUACUGUCUGGAGGUGUAUAUGUGACCCUCACUGAUGAUAGUGAUACUCCCACUUUUUACCAAACCCUGGCUGGAGUCACACAUUUGGAGGAAUCAGACAUCAUUGAUCUGGAGAAACGUUAUUGGUCGCUGAAGGCGCAGUCUCGGACCGGACGAUUUGAUUUAGAGACAUUUGGCCCGUUGGUUUCACCACCUAUUCGUCCAUCUCUAAGUGAAGGUUUGUUUAAUGCUUUUGAUGAAAAUCGUGACAAUCACAUAGAUUUUAAGGAGAUAUCCUGUGGGUUGUCAGCAUGUUGCAGGGGACCCCUGGCUGAAAGACAAAAAUUUUGCUUCAAGGUGUUUGAUGUUGACCGUGAUGGAGUUCUCUCGAGGGUUGAACUGCGAGACAUGGUGGUUGCACUUUUAGAGGUCUGGAAGGAUAACCGCACUGAUGAUAUCCCAGAAUUACAUAUGGAUCUAUCUGAUAUUGUAGAAGGCAUAUUGAGUGCACAUGACACCACAAAGAUGGGCCAUCUUACUCUAGAAGACUAUCAGAUCUGGAGUGUGAAAAAUGUACUUGCCAAUGAAUUUUUGAAUCUCCUUUUCCAGGUAUGUCACAUAGUUCUGGGAUUAAGACCAGCUACUCCAGAAGAGGAAGGACAAAUUAUAAGAGGAUGGUUAGAACGGGAGAGCAGGCAUGGUCUGCAACCAGGACACAAUUGGUAUAUCAUCUCCAUGCAGUGGUGGCAGCAGUGGAAGGACUAUGUCAAAUAUGAUGCCAGCCCUGUUGUGAUUGAGCCAUCAUCUGUUCUGAAUGGAGGAAAAUACUCGUUUGGAACAGCUGCACAUUCUAUAGAACAGAGUGAAGAUAGAAUUGGAGGAGGCAGCCUCAGUUAUAUGAAUACCACAGAAGAGAAAUUUUCAGACAAUAUUUCAACUGCAUCUGAAGCAUCAGAAACUGCUGGCAGUGGCUUUUUGUAUUCAGCCACACCAGGAGCAGAUAUGUGCUUUGCUCGACAACAUAACAUUUUGGACAGUAACAACCAGUGUUUCCUAGGAUCCAAUGGGAAUAUUUUGUUGCAUUUCAAUCCUCAGAAACCAGGGGCUAUUGAUAACCAGCCAUUAGUAACUCAAGAACCAGUAAAGGCUACAUCAUUAACACUGGAAGGUGGUCGAUUAAAACGAACCCCACAGCUGAUCCAUGGAAGAGAUUAUGAAAUGGUCCCAGAACCUGUAUGGAGAGCACUUUAUCAUUGGUAUGGAGCAAACCUGGCUCUUCCUAGACCUGUGAUCAAGAAUAGCAAGACAGAAAUCCCAGAACUGGAAUUAUUUCCUCGAUAUCUUCUAUUCCUGAGACAGCAGCCUGCCACUCGAACACAGCAGUCUAACAUCUGGGUGAAUAUGGGAAACGUUCCUUCUCCAAAUGCACCAUUAAAGCGGGUCUUAGCCUAUACAGGCUGUUUUAGUAGAAUGCAGACCAUCAAGGAAAUUCAUGAGUAUCUGUCUCAGAGGCUACGCAUCAAAGAGGAAGACAUGCGCUUGUGGCUCUACAACAGUGAGAAUUACCUUACUCUUCUGGAUGAUGAAGAUCAUAGAUUAGAAUAUUUGAAAAUUCAAGAUGAACAGCACCUGGUAAUUGAAGUUCGAAACAAAGAUAUGAGUUGGCCUGAGGAAAUGUCCUUUAUAGCAAACAGUAGUAAAAUAGACAGACACAAGGUUCCCACAGAAAAGGGAGCCACAGGUCUGAGUAACCUGGGAAACACAUGCUUCAUGAAUUCAAGCAUCCAGUGUGUUAGUAACACACAGCCACUGACACAGUAUUUUAUCUCAGGGAGACAUCUUUAUGAACUGAACAGGACAAAUCCCAUUGGUAUGAAGGGGCAUAUGGCUAAAUGCUAUGGGGAUUUAGUACAGGAACUUUGGAGUGGAACUCAGAAGAAUGUCGCCCCAUUAAAGCUUCGGUGGACCAUAGCAAAAUAUGCUCCCAGGUUUAAUGGGUUCCAGCAACAAGACUCCCAAGAACUUCUGGCUUUUCUCUUGGAUGGCCUUCAUGAAGAUCUCAACCGAGUCCAUGAGAAACCAUAUGUAGAACUGAAGGACAGCAAUGGCCGGCCAGACUGGGAAGUGGCUGCAGAGGCCUGGGAAAACCAUCUGAGAAGGAAUAGAUCAAUUGUUGUAGAUUUGUUUCAUGGGCAGUUAAGGUCCCAAGUCAAAUGCAAGACAUGUGGUCAUAUAAGUGUUCGAUUUGACCCAUUCAAUUUUUUGUCUUUGCCGCUACCAAUGGACAGUUAUAUGCACUUAGAAAUAACAGUUAUUAAGUUGGAUGGUACUACCCCUGUACGUUAUGGACUAAGACUGAAUAUGGAUGAAAAGUACACAGGUUUAAAAAAACAGCUGAGUGAUCUCUGUGGACUUAAAUCAGAACAAAUCCUUCUUGCAGAAGUACAUGGUUCCAACAUAAAGAAUUUCCCUCAGGACAACCAAAAAGUACGACUCUCAGUGAGUGGAUUUUUGUGUGCAUUUGAAAUUCCCAUCCCUGGAUCUCCAGUUUCAGCUUCUAGUCCAAUACUGACAGAUAUCUCCUCUUCCCCAUCCACAAAUGGAAUGUUAACCUUAACCACCAAUGGGGACCUGCCCCGAUCAAUAUUCAUCCCCAAUGGAAUGCCAAACACUAUUGUGCCAUGUGGAACUGAGAAGAUCUUAACAAAUGGAAUGGUGAAUGGUCAUAUGCCAUCUUUUCCUGACAAUCCCUUUACAGGUUACAUCAUUGCAGUCCACCGAAAAAUGAUGAGGACAGAAUUAUAUUUCCUGUCAUCUCAGAAGAAUCGCCCCAGCCUCUUUGGAAUGCCACUGAUUGUUCCAUGCACUGUGCAUACCCGGAAGAAAGACCUAUAUGAUUCAGUUUGGAUUCAAGUAUCUCGAUUAGCCAGCCCACUCCCACCUCAGGAAGCUAGUAACCAUGCUCAAGAUUGUGAUGACAGUAUGGGCUAUCAAUAUCCAUUCACUCUACGAGUUGUGCAAAAAGAUGGGAACUCCUGUGCUUGGUGCCCAUGGUAUAGAUUUUGCAGAGGCUGUAAAAUAGAUUGUGGGGAAGACAAAGCUUUCAUUGGAAAUGCCUGUAUUGCUGUAGAUUGGGACCCCACAGCCCUUCACCUCCGCUACCAAACAUCACAGGAAAGGGUUGUCGAUGAGCAUGAGAGUGUAGAACAGAGUCGGCGAGCACAAGCUGAGCCCAUCAAUCUGGACAACUGUCUCCGUGCUUUCACCAGUGAGGAGGAGCUGGGGGAAAAUGAGAUGUACUACUGCUCCAAGUGUAAGACCCACUGCUUAGCAACCAAGAAGCUGGAUCUCUGGAGGCUUCCCCCAGUCCUGAUUAUUCAUCUUAAACGAUUUCAAUUUGUAAAUGGCCGAUGGAUAAAGUCACAGAAAAUUGUUAAAUUUCCUCGUGAAAGUUUUGACCCUAGUGCUUUUUUGGUACCAAGAGACCCGGCUCUCUGCCAGCGGAAACCAGUCACACCCCAGGGGGAUAACUUCUGUGAGACCAGGGUUCCGGCAGGAGAGGUGAAGAAAAUGGAUGCCCAGAACUCCGCUGGGGAAGAGGAUGUGCUCCUGAGCAAGAGCCCAUCCUCGCUCAGCGCAAACAUCAGCAGUAGCCCUAAAGGUUCACCAUCUUCAUCAAGAAAAGGUGGAGCCAGCUGUCCCUCCAGCAAAAACAGCAGCCCUAACAGCAGCCCACGGACUUUAGGGAGGAGCAAAGGCAGGCUUCGGCUACCCCAGCUUGGCAGCAAAAAUAAACUGACGAGUAGUAAGGAGAACUUGGAUGCCAGCAAAGAGAAUGGGACUGUUUCUGAGCUGGCUGAUGCCUUGAGCCAAGGGCACAUGCUGGGGGGCAGCCAACCUGAGCUGGUUACCCCUCAGGACCACGAAGUAGCUUUGGCCAAUGGAUUUCUUUAUGAACAGGAGGCAUAUGGCAAUAUCUGUGGCAAUGGCUACAGCAAUGGUCAGCUUGAAAACCACAGUGAAGAAGACAGCACUGAUGACCAAAGAGAAGAUAUUCGUGUUAAUCCUAUUUAUAAUCUAUAUGCAAUUUCGUGCCAUUCAGGAAUUCUGGGCGGGGGCCAUUACGUCACUUAUGCCAAAAACCCAAACAGCAAGUGGUACUGUUACAAUGACAGCAGCUGUAAGGAACUUCACCCGGAUGAAAUUGACACCGACUCUGCCUACAUUCUUUUCUAUGAGCAGCAGGGGAUAGACUAUGCACAAUUUCUGCCAAAGAUUGAUGGCAAAAAGAUGGCAGACACAAGCAGCAUGGAUGAAGACUUUGAGUCUGAUUACAAAAAGUACUGUGUUUUACAGUAA